AUGAGACGUGAGUCUAUUGAAAUUCGUCGAGUAGUGUGCCGAGUCGAAAGAAAAAAAAUCUAUGGUCAUAGAUACUACGGGAAAUACAGACCAGAGUGGGAAAAUAUGGACGAAUUUAAAGGUUGGCUAAAAUCGGCAAGUGGAGACUCAAGCAAAGCAUUUUGUACAUAUUGUUCUACGGAAAUUCUUGCUAAACUGUUUGAUAUAAAGAAGCAUGCUGAGACCAAAAAGCAUAAUCAGAAAAUAGAGUUCAAAACAGGCAAUAAAGAAAUUCCUUUCAAAGUUGUAUCAAAAGACCAUUUAUUUAGAACUUGCGAUGAAUCUGAAGGCGCAUUGAUCUUAUUUAUUGCCGAGUACUGUUUUAUAUUAAGUGUUGACCAUUUAGGUGAACUAUGCAAAAUGUGUUUCAAAGACUCCAAAGCUACACAGGAACUUAAAUUGCAUCGCACUAAAUGUACAGAAAUAAUGAAAAAUGUGCUGAUGCCGCACUUUCGUAAGGAGCUCUUAGUUGAUAUUGGACACCAAAAAUUCAGCGUUAUAAUGGAGUCCACAGACAGAAGCGUUUUAAAUGAUGUUAAAACAGCAAUUAAAUCAUUUGAAAGUGAAAACUCUAAUCCAUUAAAACUUCUCAAUACACUCACAAUACUGAUAGAAUCAGUGAGCCAGAGAAUGUUAAUGCCAAGACCUAUAAACAGAAACUUAUUAGAUCCAAUAACUGACAGAGAUAUUAACCCUAGGCCUUAUCUUAGCUACAUGUUUGAAACUGCUCAACAUAAUUUAGACUCAGAAAUUUUAAAUACAAUACGACAACGCUGCUCCGCCUUCUUACUGCAAUUACUUAAGGAAUUGCAACAAAGGCUUCCAGACAACUACAAGCAGUUAGAAUCAAUGGCGUUGCUAAGUCCAGAGGCGGCAAUAAAACCAAUCAAGUCAAACACUAUCAUCAAAGUUGCUGAAAUUUUGGGAUUUACACCAGAAAUAAUAGACAAGAUAAUGCAACAGUGGCACAUUCUACAUAUAAAUAAGUGGCAUUCUGAAGAAAUAGUUCAGUUUUGGGUCGAAGUAAAAAAAAUUAGAAAUUAUUCUGGUGACAACAUAAUAUAUCAAGAUAUAAGUACUCUUGCUUUAACUUGCGUUUCACUGCCACAUUCUAAUCCAGAGGUAGAAAGGUUAUUCUCUCAAAUGAAUUUAGUUAAAAAUAAGCAAAGAAACAGAAUGAGUUGGAAAACUCUGAACUCAAUCCUCUGCAUUAGAGACUCCCUCAGGAAAAGUGGUAAAUGCAAUAACUGUGUUUUGCCUGAAGACGUACUGCAUAAAAUGGGCGCCGUUGAAAAAUAUUCGAAAUCAAUGAAAGAUACUGAACUCCAGCCAUCGACAUCUUCCUCUUUAAUUGAUUAA